ACCGGAUGUUAUUGUCAGCUGACAAGACUUCCUCAUCACGUUUUCUCCCCCUUCAGUUCAUACGCAAAGCGUUGUUGAUUUACAGUUUACUACAAAUAUAUUUUACCUGGAGGGGCACAGAGAAAUAGAUGAAAUGUCGGCGAAGCCAACUUGCCUGAUCGUGGCGAGCGCCUCCCCUCAAGGGGUAUCGGCAAAAUCAUUCCACCAGUCAUUUAGUCUCUGCAACUCGGUGUUCAACCUCCAGACAGCGACACCUGGGGGCAAGCCUAUAGACUUUGUCGACGUCGAUGAAAGCACUGCUCGAUGGGUGCAGGACUUCAAUGUGAAACCCUAUGCAACACCAGCAAAACUUGAGUCUAUUGACGGUGCCCGGUACCAGGCGCUCCUCAUCCCAGACUGCCCCGGAGCGCUCAAUGACCUGGCACACAGCGGCUCUCUGCACCGCAUCCUCACACACUUCAUCUCCCAGCAAAAGCCAGUGUGUGCAGUGGGCCAGGGAGUGUCGGGUUUGUGCUGCGCCACUGACGGACAGAGGUGGAUCUUCAGCGGCUACAGCCUAACAGGGCCUUCAGUGUUUGAGCUGGUGCGGAGACCUGACUUUGCCAACCUGCCGUUGAUAGUGGAAGACUUUGUGAAAGAUAGCGGUGGAUCAUACACAGCAAGCCAAGAGGAUGCCAUGCAUGUAGUCAUAGACAGACACUUAGUAACCGGUCAGAAUAUUCAGUCAACUUCAGUUGCUGUGAAUAAUCUAAUCCUGCUGUGUAGUGGCAAGUAAAACCACCACAUAAAAUGUUUGUAGUAGCCACACUCCAGUCACAACAACACAUUUGCUCCAAAUUCAUGUUUAUGCAAUGAAAUGUACAUUCAUCCAGCACAAAUAUCAAGGAAGACAGAGUCAGAAACGUUUGGCAACAUUGUAAAUUCAAGUUCGUCACUUGUCAAUGUCCCAUUACAGAACAAAUAAAAAGCCAUUUGACACACUAAAACAUAAAUAUUUUGAUUCCCAAAGAAAAAAAAAAAAAAAAGCUUUGGAUGUUA